CGUUAACAAAUCAUGACAUUCAAUUCUCCUAGGGUCAAAAAGGUGAUAAUGGCAUCGCAGGAAAGAAGGUUAGAUCGAACGUUUUCAUCUCACAAAAUACGCUUAAAGUUGACUUUGUGUUCUCUGUAAAGAAUUUCUGACUCCAGGUUUAAUUUUAGGGAGAGGCGGGAGUAGGAGGUGAAAAGGGGGCCAAAGGAGAACAAGGGAUCCAGGGAAAACAGGGGCCUGAAGGUCCCGAAGGUCCUCAAGGUCCCCCAGGAGAGACUGGUGAACCAGGUGAUCCAGGGGAGACUGGGAAUACAGGACUAAAAGGACAGAAGGGGGAGAGUGGAGACGAUGGGAUAAAGGGAGAACCUGGACAAGCAGGGAACGAUGGAGUCAACGGAACCAAGGGGAUUAAGGUCAGGAAAAGUUAUAUUUCUUAGUGCACUAAUUAUCGUUAUUAUUGUAAUCAUUAUUAUCAUUAACAUCAUUAUCAUCAUCAUCACUAUUAUUGUUACCAUUAUUAUUAUUGCUAUAACUUGUCUGUUUAUCAGUUAGUCUUAGUUUCUUUUACUUUCCUAUUAAUUAAUUCGUUUUUGAAGAUUCACAUACUUCUUCCAGUAAAUGGUUUCACUCAGUCCAUUCACUCCGUCGUACGAUUGUUGGCUUUUGAUUAAGAAUUCAAAAUUCUGGAGGGUAACUAGUAGGUAACCUCAUAGGACUACAAUUCAUUUAUACAAAAUUUCAUAACUUUAAUUUUGUUUUCUCUCUGAUCUUUAACAAGACGUCAAGCCUUCAGUUCAACCACCCUUUACUUUUGUCCACAGUACAUCGUUUUACAGGAUGUUCUUUUUUCAGGAAGGGUUCGUUUUAUCUUACUAUUUUUAAGGGUCAAAGAGGCGGCAUAGGUUUCCCCGGACUCAAAGGUGCAACAGGAAGCAAGGUGAAAUAUUUGUUUUGCCUCCAUACAUCUUUGAACAGUUAUUUUUGAAGCUCAAACCUUUUUGAUUGAAUUUUAUCUGUUAUCUGUUAUAGGGAGAGGCUGGAAUACAAGGAUUGCAAGGAUUAAAGGUAAUUUUUUUGACAGAAAAGAACACUCACUGAAAAUACAACCUACUAUGAGAGCCAAAUUAGCUAUUAAUCACUAAUCACAGCUAUAAAUGAGUAAGGACAGGUUUAAUGUUCAAUUAACAAUCCACACGUUUUAGUUUAGCAUUACUAUACCUUGCAGAGUCCUGUUUUUACUUAACAAUGGGACAUUUGACAUCUAGAGUGGAAGAAAUCAUCGACCAUAAACUAACCUCGUAUCUAUAGCCAUCCGUUUGUUACACGUUACAUGUGCGGCUGAACACCACUUAUAGUUCAGCGAUCUUUUACUCCCUAGGGAGAGCCAGGGAAUUCAACUGAAGGACCAAUGGGACCGCAAGGACCGUCGGGAAUUCCUGGUAACCCAGGCCCUCCGGUGGGUAUCACUAAAAGGAAUAAGAUCAACAAAACAUCAAAAUACGCUCUAAACAUUGUUAUCUGGAUCAAAGCCUAUCUGAGCAACUGCGCACCCACCCCUUCCCUUACCCAACAUUGUACUUAAGUUGUUAUCAGUCGACUGUUGUUGGGUUAAGGGAGGGGUGGGUGCGCAGUCGUUUAGAUGCUGACUUUGAGCCGUUUAUUUCAGCAGUUUGCAGGAUGUUUGUCACAAAUAAACCUGUUAUAUGACCUUGCUGACCAAUGAGUUAUUUCUUUUAGAAGAAAAAUGGGAUCAAUAUCAGUAUCUGGGCAACUGCCCAUCUACUCCUCCCCUAACCCAAUAACAGCCUAUUGAUAACAAGAUAGGGUUAAUGUUGGGUUGGGGGAGGGGUAGGUGGGCAGUUGCACAGAUACUGAUAUUGAUCCGAAAAAUGUUAAUUGGUCCAAGUAUUUCUCAAGCUUUACAAUAGUGAUUUAACCUACAACAGCAGCAUGUAUGCUUUGCCUCUUUCAUAGGGACCACCCGGAAUAUCUGGUCCUCCUGGGACCCCAGGGAAAGAUAGCGAUGUUUCUGGUCCUCCGGGGCCACCAGGACCUCCAGGACCCCCCGGAGAAAAUGCAGAGAUUGGCUUUACUAAUGGACAGACAGAUAAUUCAGGGGUAAGGUUAGAAGAUUUGAAUGUUGCCUCAGCUGUCAAUCAAUGUUUAAACCACUUGUACUCAUAUUAUCAUUAUUUCCAUUAUUUCCAUUACCACAUUGGUUCACGGUCUUUAGGUCCGUGUUAUCUCAUAUGUGCUACAGGUUACCCACAGUUACAGGUUACCCACAGUUCAAACUGUCCUCCCACGUCAUUCAGCGUUUUAGAUCCUUUCUCAAGAUUCUUGCAUCUCAAAGAGAGUAGCUUUAUUCUUAUUAAUAUUUUCCUUAUAUAUCGAUAUAUAUAUAUAUUUUUUUUUUUUCUAUUAAUUUUUUUUUCGAUGGAAGGUGCUGGUAUUUGAUACCCAAGACAGACUUAUCCAUAUUGUAGAGAAAGUGAAACAAGGCACCAUGGCUUUUGUCAUCUCCGACCAGAUGUUAUAUAUAAGGGCCUUACGCGGCUGGAGAGCGAUCACGGUAAGAAAUCAUUCCACACUUUCUUGUCUAUCUCUUCUUUACUUUCUUCAUCAUCAUUAACAUCAUGUUUGUAAAUAAAAUAAGAGAGGUGGUAAGUUUUGAGCUCGAUAGAGAAAGAACCCUGACUAACCUUAACCCUUUACACUGCUACAUCAUUAUGCAUAUUCCCUAUACUGUUCUCCAAACAUUUCUUAAGGUGCUGACAAGGAGAAUUUGUUUAACAAUUAAGAGUUUCUUUGGUUGAUGAUCAUUUCCUUUAUUCUCAUGACCUUAAUGUAUGAUUCAGAGGUGAUAUUAUAGGGAGAAAUUAGAUGCUGGUCCCUCUUAGGGGUUAAAGGGUUAACUAACCCUAACUAUAAAAUCUUGCUCACCGUAGAGUCUCUCUGGCUCAGUGGUAGAGCAUCGCAGCGCGGAUCCCAAGGUCUGAGGUUCGAUUCCUCAUGGGGACUUAAAUUUUUUUUUUUGUUCCAUGCUCGUAACAAGACGAAAAACAUGAAUAUCAUCACUGUCAUUCGCAUUACUAUUGUUAUUAGCUUUAGUAUUGUCAUACUAUUAUCAUUAUCGUUGUCAUUAUUGCGAUCGUUAUCAACCGUCAUUUUAAGACCAUGGGAAGAUCCCGGGAGAGCAGAUUAAUGUUUGUUCUUAUUCUUUCAAGCAUUUCUAGUUGUUUUAAGUGACCCCUAGUUGCUUGUCAAGUUCUAUUGCACAGCUCCCGUCUUCGUCGUUUUCCUAACAACGUUUAAAUUAUCGUAAAAAUUUUUCUUGUUUUCGUAUUUUUUCCUAUCUUGUUCCCUUGCCUUAUGCCCACAGCUUGGUCCAACCAUCUUCGCGGGUCCAACAGAGGCUUCCCAAACGACGAAACUCUCCACUACCAAGGUAUUUCAAUAACAUAAGGUAUAUUUCUGCGUUGUAACCGAACAGCAAAACUGUCAGCUUUUUUAUUACUUCCUCCAUCGAUUCGGCUGAGACACCGCCUGUCUCCUUACCUACCGCGCUUAGCUAACGCGCUUAGCUACCGCGCUUAGCUACCGAGCUUAGUUACCGUGCUUAGUUAUCGAGCUUAGUUACCGUGCUUAUUGGCAAGUUUUCUCUUUCGCAGCCUCCUACGAAUCUCAUUUUGUCUCCAGCAAACGUCAAACUACGAGGACCAUAUGUAAGUAGUGCAUAUUCUCUCUUACGUAUUACUCGACUAUAAUUGUAUGGGUGAGCUGAAACAUUGACAGUUAUCAUAUAUGACUAGUUGCCUUCUGCAAAUACCACAAUAGCUCAAUCAACUCUUUAGUAACCAUGCUUAAGUAACAAUGCAAGUCUACUUCAUGUGAUGGUGGUACAUGUGUCAACUAUGAACAUAAAUGUAUGGAUCGAUUUUCUUUGCAGGUGCGCAUGGUCGCCCUCGAUACACCGCAGACCGGUCAGAUGCACAGCGUGAGGGGUGUGGAUGAAAUGUGCUGGCGGCAGUCCCGUGCUGCCAAUUUAACCGGAGCAUACCGAGCUUUUAUUUCUAACAGGCUCCAACAUGUUUAUUCGAUCAUCCACAGAGAGGACAGAGAUCUCCCUGUUGGCAACCUUCAGGUAGAACUGGGUUACUCGAUAAUAUUUCAUGCAUGAUAGCCUCCCGUCAAAAGUUUUCUCGAUCUACUUCAUUGCUAAUUGGUUGCUCCAAGCUACUUCGUGUAGUUAACAAAAAUGUAUUUCUCGAAUUUUUUGUUAGGGAGAUCAGCUGUUUCCUUCUUGGAGAUCCUUAUUCAAGUUACAAUAUGCAUUUAAUCCUGAUAUCCCAAUAUAUUCAUUCAAUGGAUCAAACGUUCUAAAAGACCCAGCUUGGUGAGUAAUUGGACAGGUAGCUCUUGUCUGGUUGAUAAAGUGAAUUGUUUUGGUCAAUGAAUAAAAUAGCUAAAUGAAUAUUUUGCUGGGUGGAUGGCCUACUGACUAACUAGCAAGCAGACUGACGGACAAAAUAACUGAUUGACUGACUGACCAAUAAAGUGCAGUGUUUUUUCAUCAAGUGCAAGUGAAAUAUUUAUCUAAUGGAUGACGAUAGACCUUUGCAAACCUUCAAUUAAUAAUUGACGUAGAGUUUUAGCUAAGUGACUAGAUGAUUAACUUUAUAAAUAACUGAUUGUCUGCUGUGGUUGGCCUCUUGACUGUCUCAGUGAAUAACUGAAUGACUAGCUCAUUAGCUGAUUGGCUGCCUGUUUGACUGAUCGACUUUCGGGACCACUAAUUGGCUGACUGGCCGACGUUACGCCUGUUUACUUUGAACAAGGAAAGUUUCAAACUUCUCUGUCGUCCAAACGGUCAUCUUUUUAUUCGAUUGUGUCAUCUGUCUUUUAGACAAAGGAAAGUAAGUUUGAUUGCUUUUAUCUGAUCCCUUGACGCCAAAACGCAGAAAAAUAAAUUUAAAACUAACUUACCUUGUGACAAAGGUCUAGAAAAAAUAUGUAGACGUUAACGAAUUUGUAAAACUAUUUACAGGCCCCUCAAGCACAUCUGGCACGGAUCACGAAAAAAUGGCCACAAGUACCGAUUUAAUUGUCGAAGCUGGAUGAGCAGCCGCUCCAAGGACUCCAGUACGGCCUCGGCCUUGAAUGGCCGAGAGCUAGCCUUGGCCGAGCGCGAGUUUCCUUGCAGCAGUAAUCUAGUGGUGUUGUGUGUGCAUAUAAACCCCACACUACGCCGCCGAUACAGAUCUCGCCAUAAAAAGGUUUUGUGAAGAAUUGUUCAAACAGAUAUGUUCAGAAAAAAAGAGCAAAAGGAGGAGAUUGGGCACUAGUCAAGUUUUGGCUCACCAUUGCGCAGUCUCCGAGGUGUCGAUACCGCACCAGGAGACAAGCUAGUGCAAGAAGAAUCUGUUAAAAAAAAAAUUAAUUUGUUAUUUCAGUUCCAUUGGACGAAUGUAUUAUCAUAUUUAUUUUCUAGGAAUCCUUAAGCAUUUUAAAGAAAGCUUUAAUUAUUUUGCGUUAUAAAUAAUAUGUCGAUAUGAGCGGGUGUUCUUAUCCUGUUGCCAUUUGCACCAUGAUGAAUCACCUGGUGGACAGAAGCGGUGUUGUUUAGCAUUGUCAGUUGAAUUUACACAGUGAUGGAGAAUGGCAAUAAUAUUUUUUUCAUAGCAUAAACUGCAAUGUCAACCUCCCGUUCAGAGGGAUUUGCCUUGGUCAAGGUGUUUUGCCGGAUUGCUAGGCCAUAGUACCUUUGAAGCUGCUUGAUCUUUCCUUCUGUAAGCCGGCCACGCCCUCCUAUAGGUUUUCCAUCAGCAAGUUUACCCUUACUGCAUGCCUUCAAAUUCAUUAAAUGUUUGCCCAUCCUUUUCUGCACAUGGCCUACACAAUCCAGUUUAAUAACUUCACAGUCAUCAUAGGCAUGUUGAACAGUGUUAAAGGCCUUACUGUCCCCGUCUGACACCAUCCAUUUGUACCUCAUGUUAUGAAGUUCGAUGGAUCUAUUCCAAAGAACAGAAGCUCCUUCUGCUUCCAUAGCAGGUGAACUUCCUUCGAAGUUGAUGUCACAAUCUCCAGAUGCAACAUGCUCCCUCCUCCAUUCUUCAAACUCUUCCACAUUCCCUUCACAUUGUGAGUUCUUUAGGGAGCACUUACGGCAAGAUUUAGACAUCACGUGAUAGUCUAAAACUUCUCCUGUGUCAAUUGAGAUGACGAAAACAACACCUGUUAGUGAUGUGAAACCUCUUUUGGCCCAAGUGCCAUCAAAGCUAACAGCAGCAUCAAUUAUUGUGGUGCUGUCUGAGAUGCCAUUUUCCUACAUGAUUAGCUUCGGAGCCUUUGGCCUGCACCUUUUAGUUCUUCUUUUUGCUUCACUUUCCAGUGCUUCCAAAAUUACAUCAACUUGCUUGUAGUAAGCAGCUCUUGACAAACAAGGCAUGUUCAUUAUCGCACAGAAAGAAGAGAGUCCGUCGUAGCCACUUCCAGUUUCUAUUGAGUGGUAGACAGCUCUCCGGUUGACAUCAAAUGAUUUGCCUUUCUUGGCAAGGUUGGGUGAUGUCUGCCAAGGAGUACUUUCAUCACAAGAAUUGCAGUGAAUGGAGAGAUCUGACAUCAGUCCAUAACGGCUAGCGGUAUUUUCUUCAAUAGUAAGGUCUCCUAUAUUAAAAACAUGACGGAAAAGGAUGCUAUUAGCUAUAGUUACUGAACCAAACAGAACCACAAUGUUGGAGCAUUAGUUCACACCUCCAUAAAUGUGUACAAGUGUUGCAGUGAAGAAAGAUCAGAAAAAAUGAUUAAACAAUAAUAAAACUCCUUUUCUGCAAAUAAUUCUAACUAUCGUUUUUCUUUAGGUUCAAGGGGCUGAAAAGCAUAUUUAUGAUGUGUGAUAUUUUUCUCACCUUCUUCGCAUUUGUGUAAAGUUGAGAGCACAGAAGAGAAGCUCUUUAGAUCAACGAGCCUGUAUCCUUUUUCUACCUCAGCUACCUCGAAAACUUUUUUGUUUUCAUCAGAACUUGAAGAAGACUCAUCUUCUGAGCUCUGGAAUCUCAUCUUCUUCCUUGAAGAACUAGGAAGCUGAUCGCUUUCUUCGCCAAAAUCUGACAGAUCAGACUGAUCGUGCGAAGUUCCUGGGGUCGGUUCGUUUGGUUCACUCUUCCUGUUGCAACCGCUUUUCUUCAGUAAUUGCGCUUUUUUACGAUCUCCUCCAUGCCCCUUUCUUUUCCUAGUUUUCCUGUAAACGGUUCUUUUCUUCUUUCCAGUCAUUCCAGCACAAAAGAGACAAAAGGAGUUCAAUAUUUCGCAAUACACUGUGACAACUUUCACACAAAAAUCUCUCACUCGUCUCCAGUGUUACUCUUUCAAUUUCUUAUUUUCCCAUUCAUGUAAGACAGCACAAGGAUUCUAAGGGGCGUUUCGGGCUUGUUUGACAUAUUUUGAGCUCCAAACAGGCUGGUAAACAAGUAAGAAACAAAAAAUGCUGUUUUGGUUGCCAUGGAAACGAGAUUUCUAUUUAGAUACCUCUUCUUUUCUAACGUAAUUUCUCAUUUAUAUUUUAAAAAACUUAAGAAAGAUAGGGUGCCAGGUAAAAACGUUAAUAUUUUUAUAAUAGUUGAUGGAUGGGACAUGUUUAUGGAUUCUCCUUAAAUGCGUUUCACAUAGACUGAAAAUUAUUUUCAAUAAUGCUACUAUUUCAUAAUUCUUAAUCGAGAGACAAUCCCUCUUGAUCUCAUAUAAGUGGUUCGCAAGUGUCUAUCUGUAAUGCGUCAUAAAGAAUUCUCUAUGUUUUUGAUUUGAUGAAACCAUGGAACGACGAGGAUGGAAAGUGUUAAAAAAUAAAUAUAUUUUUUUGCUGUAUAUUAAUAUAGGUUUUUUUGACUCACUAUUUUGCAUUCAAAGAUCGUGAGUUACAUUAAUUGGGUACAGUCUUGAAUAAAUUGGGACAAUCUAUGAAAUACUGAAGAUAAAUAAAUUAUAAUGUGAUAAGGUCCCAUGGAACCUAAAUUGUUAUUCGUGAACAGGUUCUUUUUUGUUUUUAGUGAUGUGGAUAUAACUAUGUUUUAACUAUGUCUGCUUUUAAGCAGGUGACUAAAUGUUUGAAAUACCUA